ACUCUAGAAAGCUUUUUUAAUAAGCUCAAUUAUUUUAGGUUUGUGUAUUUAUUUUUUAGGGUUUUUUUUUUUUUGUAGCUUUACUUUCUUUUCUAAUUAUAAAGGUAAACAUGCAAUGUCCCCUUAGGGACUGGCCUCAUUCAUAGACAAUAGAGAGCAACGUGAUCCAAGUGAGGUGAUGAAUGGGAAGAAUAUUCUAGUGACAGCAUAAAGGUUGGCUUAAAGUAGUCCAGUCCAGAUAGUCCAAGAAGAGAGGUAUUUAUCACAGGAAAUAUUCUACAAGGGCUGUAGAAACCAAAAGGAAGUUACUUAAAGAAGAUCCCACAGACCAGAAAGCUGCUGCAAACCAGUACCAUGCCCAUGCGCCUGCAGUGACUGAUGAAGAGCUGGAGACUGCUGGAGGCCUGAUUCCCACUCCUGCCACCUCUGGAGCCACUCAAACUGCUGGGUUGUACAGUCAACUGAAACUGCCACUCCAGGAAUGGCUUCUUUGCCAGCUAAUCUCCCUCUAGCGUCUCCAACCAGACGAUGAGGGUGUUUGAGACAUGAAGUUGCUAGGCACCUGCCCCUGCUGCUCAGAGGAGAGCACAGAAGGGCCGGGAUGGAUCUAAUGCCAAAUCUUGCAAAAGAGGGGGCCCAGGAGAGUGUUCAUUGCCAGCAUAUGGUUCUCCCUGGAGGAAGGAGUUCUGGAUUCUAGAGCUAGUUCUGCUGUUGAUGUGCUAUGUCCUCUCCAAGGCUGUAUAGCAUAGUGAUUCAGGGCCCUGGGCAUAUGCAAAGUGGGCAAUAAAACCUACCUCAAAGGAUUGUUAUGAGGGCAAAAUAGGUUACAGUAGAUAAAGAAUUUAGGACAGUGCCUGAAACAUAGAUCCAUCCAACAAAUAUAGCUAUUGUCAUUGUUACUUUCACUCUGAUUUCAAUUUUGCCAUCGUUAAAAAAACUUAAGAAGGAGGGGGGUUAAAUCAUCUUUGCUGCUCUCUAACCAACCAGAGAAAAGGGGAACUAAGAGUUAUACUCAAUCUGAGCCUCAUGUGGGCCUGGUUUUUGGAGACACAGAGAAAAAUAAUGUCCUAGCCUUCAAAAAGCUUACUGCGUAAUGAGAAGGCAGAAGAUCACUGAUUCAAGGUAAAAUAUGUUCAGUGGUAGAAACUAUGCAGGGAAAGUUCUAGAGUACAGAGACAGGUUUUGUAGCAUAGUGGAAAGAGCUGUACACACUUUGCUUUAAACCCCAGUUUAUCCCCUUUUGACCCUGGGCAAUUCACUUAAUCAUCCCUGCCUUAGUUCCCUAGUCUGUAAAAAUGUAGAUAAUAAAAGAACUUUCCUGAUAAAGACAUUGUGAACAUUAAGGGAGCUGCACCUAAAGCUCCUCCUAUAGUAUCUAACACAGAAAUGCUUUCAAAGAUGAUUCCCCUGGUUCAAGUGUGCAGGUGUUUGAGUACAAGGCGUGAGCUAAAGAAAUGGAAAUGGAAGGAGGAAAGGACAGCUAAAGAGGGUCUCAUCCUUACAAGAUCGCUCAAUUAUUGUGGAUAAAGUUAGAGAACCGGCGAGGUACCCACCCCAGGUGAGAGCCUCGAGCUGGUGCGCAGCCUCCGCUGCUUCCGAGGCGUCCUCGUUGCCCCUGGCAACUGGCAGUCCUUCCCACCGCCCAGGAAGCGCCACGCAGGAGCAGCAAGAUGGCUCUGAGCUCCUGGUCCCCAGAGCUGGGGUUUGGCGGCAGCGAGAAGGCACUAAAGGCAGCAGCCACUGUCUCCACUGGCCCCUCCCUGGAGUUAUGCACCUUUCCCUCCACGCUGGGAUCCUCAGUCGCUGCUGCCGCGCUGGAGCAGCUCUUUGUUGUGGAACAAUCGCUGCAAAGUGACUAUUUUAAAUGCGACGAAGAAGCUAAGACCUUUCUUAAGGAUGUUGCUAUCGCUGUUAAGAAAUUGGAAGAAAUGAGAAAAACCACAAUUGAUCUUCUGGAAAUUGAAAGCAUGGAACUCAGCAGACUGUAUUUUCUAUUGGAAACUAUUCCCAAUAGUGUUAGCAGAGAAUUGGAAGAAUGUGUCAGGGAUGCUCGAAGAUUAAAUCUUUUUGAGAUAAAUCAAUUACACUUGAAAAUUACCAGGAUAAAUAAUGAAAUAGAGUUUUGGAAGAAGAAAAUACUCGAUCUGAAAAAGAUGAAUACAACUCUGGGUGAACAGCAGGAGUUGCUAUCAAGGCAGCAUGAGAAGAUUGUCCUGUCACUCAACCAGGCCAUGAAAGAAAAAGCUACUACCACUGUUUACAUCAACGAGACUUAUACCCAAAUUAACUCAGAGAAGGAAGAACUAGAGUUGCAAAAACUAUAUCUUCAAGAAGUAGAGGAGCAAAUGGAAAAAGAAAAAGCAGAAUAUUUGAAAAGAAAAAAACAGUUGAGUCAAGAGAUUGAGGAAUAUAAAGAACUCUGUGAAUUUAAGAGAAAGGAGACUUACAAAAAGAAGAAAGAAUUGGAUAAAUUAAAGCUUAAAGUGACAAAAAUGAGAGAAACAGUUACUACCAGCACAGUGGUUCUUAGUGAUCACAAUUUAGAGAUAGCACGAUUACAGGAAUCCAUAAAAUCUUGGGAAAAACAGGUUGAAGACAUGAAGAAAUCCUGUAAGAACCUAGAGGAUAAAAUGCUUUUUUUUAGGACUAACAAGGAAAAACUGGAUGAUGCAUCUAAUGUUGAAAAAAGUGAAUUAUUGCUGAAGAUAAAACAGGUGGCUGAAAAACUGAACAACUGUCGUUUAGAGAACAAAGAUCUACAAGAGAGAUUGAACACUGUUACCAGACAAUAUAAAAUUGUCUUAAAUGAGGAGAAUAAGGUUUUCAUGCAGAAACGGAAAAUUCAUGUUGAAAAUCAGAAACAACUGGCAUUUAUAGCUCAGAAAGAAAACUUCCUAUCAAAAAGAAGGGUGGACAUCAAAAAUAUGGAAGAAGGACUUAUCACCCUCAAUGAUCUUCAUCGAGCAACAAAGGAAGUAUAUCAGAAACAAAUAAGAGUCCUGAGUGAUAACCGGCAAAGAGAACAUGAGAGAUGUAUUAUAACCCAGUGGAAAAAAGCUUGUUUGCUAAAGAAACACACACGUUGGGCCAUCCAGAUAAAGGCUGAAAUACAAGAAAUUAUAGGUGAAAUUCAGGAUGCUGAACUGAGACGCAGUGGAUUAUUGCAAGAGACCAGUUUUAGAGAAAAGGAGAUCCAUGAAUUUUUGGCACAGAUUGAACAACUUACAUUACAAUUAAAACAAGAGGAGGAGGAAUUUGUUGUGAAAGAAAAAAAGUUAAUUCAAGAGUUGAGCAUGUAUGAGCAAAGAUUUGUUCAGGAAGCGCAAAUUAACAAAGUAAAGGAAGAUGAACUGGUUGAGUGUCUUCCACAACUUCAUGUGGCAGAAGAAGAGUACAUGGACAAAAACAAAAAAUUUGAAGAGCUCACUGAUGUCAUUACAGCACAAAAACAGGAUCACAAUUUACUGAAUGCUCAUUUCUCAAUGUCGAGAGACUUUUUACAAUACUUGAACAAUGCGAAGAAAGUGAAGCAAGAAUUAAAACAAUUACGAGAUAAUGAAAGCCAUAGAAUCAAAACUCAUUUUGAAAUUCUAAAGAACUUAGAGUAUGAAAUCUAUGUACAUGACCUAAAAACAGAUGCUUUGCUCCUGGAAAAUAAAAGGUUAAAAGAGUAUAUUGAGUACAUGAAGAAAAACAUAGAGAAAUACAAAAAUGAAGAAGACCUCAGGUGCACCUCAAGUGAUCUAUUCUGUCAGCUAACAGCUCUUAACACACAAUAUUCAGAUUUGUGGGCUGAAUUUAAGACUACACUUAAGGAAUUGUUAGAGAAAGGUAAUGAGACCUUGCAAGAAAUAAAAAAUCUAAUAGACAAACUGUGUGAAAGAGAUGAAAAAAUUGAGCAAAUCAGUACUUGGCUACAAGGGAAUCUUGAAGAGCUGCGUUUUCUUAUGCAACAGGAAUCACAAAUGGACCUUCUCAAAAAGAAGAAGAAACACAGUCCUAUCAAAAGAAUCCAUUUCCCAGUGGUUGAAUGUACUAUGAAAAAAACAUCAACAAAGAAAAACUAGCAAAAUAACUUAAAAGAAUACAACUGUCAUGAAUUCAAAAGGUACAAAACUACAGAAAAAGAACAGGAAUAAUCUGAAGAUGUCUUCAACCAAACCACCUAUGAACAGAAUAUAAAUUAUACUCUAUUUUUGUAAUAGCUCAAAAUACUGUACUGGUGAAAAUAAAUAGAUAACAAAAAACAAC